AUGGCGUACUCGCAGCACCGCAGCAAUUCCAGCUACGGCGCCAACGAUAACUACGACAAUGGCAUCCAGCGCCGGCCGACUGACCGCGACCGCAGAGCCGACCGUAACACGCGGUCCAGCGAGGGAACAGUCAGCACAGUCAUGAGCGCAUCGACGGGUAGAGAGUCGUCGGCGACACAUAUGACAGAGGCGCCCGCGUACUCCAAGAAGAUCGUGGUGGUAGGCGACGGAGGGUGCGGCAAGACUUGUCUCCUGAUCAGCUACAGCCAAGGAUACUUCCCAGAGAAAUACGUACCGACGGUCUUCGAGAACUACAUCACCUACCCGACCCAUCAGCCAAGCGGUAAGACCGUCGAGCUUGCGCUGUGGGAUACUGCUGGGCAAGAGGAGUACGACAGAUUGCGACCGCUGUCGUACCCCGAAACGGAUCUCAUCUUCGUCUGCUUUGCUAUCGACUGUCCCAACUCGCUAGACAAUGUAUUGGACAAGUGGUACCCCGAAGUCCUCCAUUUCUGCCCAUACACGCCUCUCAUCCUCGUCGGCCUGAAGUCAGAUCUGCGCCACAAGAAGACCUGUGUCGAGAUGCUGAAGACGCAAGGCCUAACGCCUGUCACCGCCGAUCAGGGCAUGUCUCUGGCCAAGAAGAUGGGCGCACAGUAUAUGGAGUGCAGCAGUAAGGAGAUGACGGGAGUGGACGAGAUCUUCGACAGGGCAAUCAACACGGUCGUCUCGAACGAUAGGCGCAACCUCGAGACGGCCAUGGCUGCCGCGCCGAAAACGUCGUCAUCUGGCGCCGGUCCUACCAGCAGCGGCCGGGAAAGCGGCGGCAUCCCCGGCGUCCGCGCUUUUAAGAAGAAGAAGCGGGAGUGCAGAAUCCUCUGA